UCUCUUUGCGGUUGCGUCUGCGUGCGUCACGUCUUCCUCGUCCCGUCACUCCACCGCCGUCCCCGUGGGCGCCCGCCCCAACCGAUCCGAUCCGUCUCAGCUUCCAUUAAAAAAAUCUCUCCCUCCCCCUUCCUAUUCAGGAAAAAGGAGAAGGAACCACCUCGAUCGAUCUUCCUUCCAUUUACUCCUCCGUGCGUGAGAGCUCCCGAUUCGAUCGACGGCGUUUGGCAAUCUCCUUUUGAUUCGAUCGGCGGCGGAGGCGGAGAGAGAUGAGGAAGCGUGAGCGAGAGAACCCGUGCGGGAUCUGCGGGCACUACCACAAGUACGAGGAGGGGGAGGUGUGCGGCGUCUGCGGGCACCGCCCACCUGCAGCGUCGCCAGCGGGGGCGAGGCAGCAGGACUCGGCGUUCCCGUCCGAGAUCCUCAAGGAGUUCCUCUUCCUCGGCAGCUACGACAACGCCUCCCGCUCGGAGCUCCUCAAGACCAUCGGCGUCUCGCACAUCCUCAAUACUGUACCUUUAUGCCAAAACCUUUACCGGAAUUCAUUCACUUAUCACUGCCUUCAAGAGGACAAGACUCUGCAGUUUGAUGAUGCAAACCAGUUUCUAGAGCAAUGUGAGAGGGAGAAAGCACGCGUCCUAGUCCAUUGCAUGUCAGGGAAAAGUAGAUCGGCAGCUUUUGUAGUAGCCUUCUUGAUGAAGUCGAGGGGUUGGAGAUUGACACAAUCCUUUCAGUGGGUGAAAGAGCGGAGACCACAAGUGCAACUGUCUGAUGCAGCACAGCAGCAGCUGAUUGAUUAUGAAAUGAAGCUUUUUGGUUCUAAUAAUGUCAGCAUACCAGCUCAACCUUUUGCUCCAGUGGAUUCGUUCCCUUCUCUUGGAUUUGGUUUUCCAAAACCAGCAGGCGACAUCCAAGUGCCUACCUUUAACCAGCAGGCUCCAGCAUCUAUCUUUGAGCGCGUUACCCCAAACAGCUUCCCUAGUAACUUCACAUUCGGAGCUGAAAGAACUAGUGAGGCGAAACUUCCGGAUAGCAACAAUUUCGGUGUGAUAAACUCGUCUGGGAGUGAUAGCAUGAUGGACAGCUCCUAGGAUGGUUUUGCCUUCAUUGAUACACAAAUGAAAUGACUCAGUUGCAAAUUUAGUCAGGUUUCUCGGGAUGUUUUUGAUUUCUGAGAAAGAAAUGCAUUUUUGUAAUAGGAUGUCGCAAUAUUUGGCAGUAUUAUUACAAUUGCUGCUGUGCAUUUUAACAAUUAUGAGUGUGCUUUUUUAUGGAACUUUUCUAGUGUAAUUUACGAUAACAAAUUACGCUGGAAAGUUUGAAUAAAAAGUUGCACACGUGCUUGUUAAGAUGUACAGAUUUGUGGGCUCAGAAAGUGUAACUCAAUAUCCAUACCAAGUUGUUGUCAUCAUCAA